AUGUCAGGAUUGAAGGAUUACAUUAUUACUUUAAAGGACUCGGCCACCGAUGCUGACGUCUCCUCAGUUAAAGAUAAGAUCAGUAGCAUUGGAGGAUCAAUUGUCAAUGAGUUCUCACUUAUCAAGGGCUUCACUGCGAAGUUACCAGAAGUGCACUCGUCAGCAAUUGGUGAACACGAACAUGUUGCUUCCAUUGAAGAAGAUGGUGAAGUCAAGACUCAACCAAUUUAA